GGGGCGGCCGCAGCGGUUUGUUUUUGUCAGAGCCGUGUUGGUGUUCGCGUGAAAGCUGCGCGGAGCGGGACCAAGUGAGGCGCAUUUUGAGGGCAGUGCGCGUAACGUUACCCGAGUGACCGACUGAAGCGUGGCAUUGAAUGAAAUUAGAAUCGUGAUUGCGGUUGUGAGCUUUUAGACGAUGACAUAGCAGACAACAGGUGAUGAGCUGAAUGAAUUUAAAUGUCGACCGACUGGAUUAGUACCGCGUCGAAUAUGUGCAAUUGUAAUUGGAUAUCAUCAUAACAAUGUACUGUUUUACCAUAUAAUGUUUCAACAGGGAAUGGUAAAAUUGAUUAAAAUGCGACGAAUAAAGAUUGUGAAAGGAGCGAAUGGGUUAAUACGUUGUUUAUCGAAGUACUACUCGAUGAAAAUUUCUUCAAUCGUUUGGAAAACUGACCCGAGGUCAAAGGUUAUCAAGCAAGGAAUCGCCUGCAGGAUCGCCAAAAGUGAUUUUGCUCGGUUUCCAUAAGAUAACCCAACCGAAGCAUGCGUCAUAAUCUUCUUGAAGUCUGAAGACAGCUGGUGUCGCAACGGAAAAGGCUCUCGACCUCCAGUCUCAUCUGUGGGAGACAGCGGCCUCCGUGACGUCCCGCCCAGCGCGCAGCUAAAUCGCCGCUUCGAUUCACCUCCAACAGAGCGACGAGCAGCAGGGCGAUUGUUCUGAAUCGAGGGCGCCGCGCUCGCCGUUCGAUUGGAUCUGCCCAACGCGCGUCAUUAUCAGCGGAGGUCAAGAGGAUUAAAUAGCCGGUGGCGCAGCUGAAGAAGACCGGAGGGGCGGUGCCCCGCCGCCAUACUUUGGAGGCAACAACUUCAAACAUCAAAAACUUAUCGAAUUCCGUAUAAUACUGCCUCACAUAAAAAGAUAUCACUUGUAUGUUUUUCUAUUUCGCCACAACUGGACCGUGCUAAUAUAAUGAGUAUAUACACAAACCGGAACACCCAUCUAUGGACUCCGUGACGUGUCGAAUGAGGCACUCGAACCCACAACCAUUUGAAUCCAGGAGUUCGUGUUUUUACUAUGUUGUUGGAUAUAUCAACAGACAGCCCCUCCCCCCCCCCUCCAGCGGGACCAGCUCUUGCAACGCCAGUGUCAACAGCUGCUUAUUUACACUAACGGGAGCAGCGCAUUGUGGUCAGUCCGAAGGAGGAAGUUGGUUCGCGGUCGCCGAUGAGCUGUGAAGUUGUGAGUCGGUGAUAGCUGCGGCCCGGUGAGUGGCGCCGGGCCUGGUCGCUCGGGCCGGACGUAGGGCCACCGGUGGCGGCGGCGGCGAAGGCCCCCGCAGCGGGAAGGCCGGCGGCGGCGGCGGAAGGAGGGAGGGAGGUGGCAGUGCACCGAACGACGCCGGGCGCCGAGCAAGCAGCCGGCAGGCGCUCCGUCCGCUCAACAGCUACUCGCUUCCUCCGACACAUGCUAUGCCGAGACGCGGCUUUGUCUCCAGGGUGUGUUGCGCCUACGAGUGCGGUGUGGUCCUGUGGGUGUUGACUGUGUGUGUUAGUGUGUCUGCUGUUUGAAGAAUCUGUCACUAUGGGAAGAACCCUCCACGCGAUAGGGCCGGAGUCGUCGGGGACGAAAGUUCAUCGCAAAAACGGUGCCCGUGUAAGAUUGCUCACUCCUGAUUCUUCUCAAAACGGAGGUGACUUGAGUGACGGCUCCUUCACGGACGUGGAGGGGGAAGGGGACGAAGACGAUGAAGCCUCUGGCCUUUCGGACGGAGAAUCAGGGAUAGUGAAAGUUCCUCUGCGAAAUGCACGAAGAAAAUCUGUUAUGCCAAAAUCUGCUCCAGUCAUUAAAGUAAAUGAUAUUGAGUAUUUAGAUGUGCCAGAUCAUUCCCCUGGCAAUUCCAUUACCAGUAUCAAUAGUAUUGCUAGUCUACUCAAAGAGAAGUUAGCUUUAACUCUGCCUGCAGUGGUUAAAAAACCUCCAAAACGAUCGAAUGAAUACAAAUUACAUGCAUUUGUUGGUCUUCUAUUUCUAUGCAUAGUUUUUCUUGUAGGUUUUGCUUAUGUGUUUUAUCAUCAACAGGUUCUCCAAAGAGCUUACUUUCCAAAAAUACGCUUUAACAAUAAGGAUCGAGUGGUACGAAUAUAUAAUGAAAAGGAUAAUGAAGUUUUGGUUGGUUUUUUGGGUCAAGACCUGGGUCAUGACACAGCAUUUGCUUGCCUUCCUCGUGAUCAAAUCCAGGAAGCCGCUUGCAUGGAAUGGAUGCACAAAGCAAGAUUGUACAUGAGCUACAAAGAAUAUGAUGGAAGUAAAUGUUAUAGAAUUAUUUGGAACAGUUUGUCUGAAGAUCUUGCUCCUACUGACUGCUAUGACUGGACAUCAGAAUACGGACAUUGGUAUGGAGGUGGACAAACGCCUAAUAUGCAGUGGCCAGUUGAACGGGGAGAAAUUAAAAUGGCACCAUUUAUUACUGGUGAUACCAGUAAACACCAGUGGGGAAAUGUAGUGAAGCGAUACUUUAUAAAUUCUAAUGGUGUUGUAUUAUUUGUUGAUCCUAGUACUCCAUUGUAUAUAUCUAUUAAUGAAACAUAUUCUAAAAAGUUUUGCCUUCAAGCAAAACAUGACAAUUUCUCUUAUGUGUAUCAUAGACCUUUACCUACAUUGAAUUACACAAUUUGUACCUCCGAAAACAUAACGUCGUUGCACCAAUCUCGCAUAUAUGAUCGCCCAGUUUCCACUUUAUCUCUCAAAGAUCGGGAGAUGAUUGAUAAACUCAUGACUGAACCCAUUUGGCAUAUAAUUCCAUCAAACAGCAGUGAAUUGACAGAAAAAAAUAUAUUUAAUUAUAGUGAGGAUGUUUUGAAAUAUAAAUUUCUUAAACAUGGACACAUAUUAAUAAAUGAAUUUUGGCAGGAGAAUAUCGGUGAUUUUGUGCUAGAUAAUAGUCGUUUCCCAAAAAUGAAUGACACAAUUGAUAUUCUUCACAGACGUGGAUUUCGAAUAAUAUUUUCUAUUCAACCUUUCAUAAGUACUGAAGCUGUUACAUUUAAGGAAGCUGUGAGAAAUGAAUUGCUUGUGAGUCAGCGAGGGCCAGAUCACUAUAUUCCAUCUCUUACACGAUAUAAAAGUGUCCUAAGUGCUGGUGUAAUAGAUAUCACCAAAAAAGUCACAAUCCCAUGGCUUCAGAAUAAAUUGAAGCCAUUGAUGGAUAAUUAUGCUGUUGAUUGUUUUUAUGUUGACAUUGGAUCUGCCUAUGAUUUGCCUUUUUAUUAUGAAUUUGAAGAUGCCCUUGCAAAUCCUGAUGAAUAUAAAACAGUGUUUAUGGAUAGUAUGUCUUCUAAAAUUGAUAUUGUUGGUGUGUCAAGUGCCAUUACUCGUCCCAAUGGACCAGUCUUUGUAUCUUUGCCUCCUUAUCCAUCGACAUGGGAAUCUCUUCAGUCAGUUAUUGCCUCAGUACUUACGUAUGGAAUUAUUGGUUUUCCACUUGUGAUGCCUGGCCCUAUUGGAGGAAGCAAUGUAACCAAAAUGUUCAAAACAUCGGAUAAUGAAACUGAGAAAAUGGAUGAGACACUGCCGGAUAAAGAAUUAUACAUGCGAUGGCUGCAACUAUCUGCAUUUCUGCCUGCUAUGAGCUUCAGCUAUCUGCCUCAGAAAUAUGGUGAUGAAAAAGUCAUCAACUUGGCUGAAUCAAUUAGCAACCUCAGGGAAACCCUGGUGAAUCCAAUUGUUAAGGAGUACUUGAAAGCAUAUGGACCUCUGGAUGAAGGUUUGCCAUUUAACCGACCUCUCUGGAUGUUGGAUCCAAAGGAUCCAAUUUGCCACACUAUAGUAGAUGAAUUUUCUGUUGGAGAAGAAUUAAUUGUUGCACCAGUUAUUACAAAAGAUGCUCGUGAAAGAGAAAUUUAUCUACCUGCUGGUGUGUGGAGGGAUGGGAUUGAUGGCAGUUUAAUGAAAGGAAGUAGAUGGCUUCAUCACCAUCCUGUUGAAGAAGAUAAAAUUGCUUAUUUCGUUAGAAUGCCUGAUGAUACAAGGUUUUAAAAAGAAGAAAUAUUGCAGGGAGAAGAACGGUGUUUAAAGUAAAAGUUGAAUAUACUGUCCUCUGGAAGGUAUUCAGUGAUAUGUCUAAGUCAAUCAUAUUGAAUAUUCCAGUCACAAAAGAGACAAUAUAAAUUAGUUCCUCUUGAAAAAGGAAUUCUAUUUAAUAUAAUACAAUUGAAACUGUCUGUGUAAUACCAACUUUCCCGAACAAGAUUAUUUAAAGAAUAGUAGAUUCAUAGUACAAAAUACUUUCCAGUGUUGUGAUUACUGCUAACUGAUUGAUAAAUCCUCUUCAGUGAAGUAUUAUUCAUUCCAUAAUUGUGUGCCUGUUGUGAAGUGAAAUUGUUGAUUUUGUGUGAAAUUGCUGAUUCUGAAAGGGUUUUUAGUUUUAUGAACAUUGUUGUUUCGGUUAUUAGUUUUAAUCCUGUGAAAGUCCUUAUUUGUUGAUAGAAUAUGUAUUUAUAUAUGUGAUGUAUUUUAUGAGUCUGAAUAUUGUUUAUAAAUGAAAAAAAGUCAUUUGUGUAUACAUCACUCAUUAAUUCAUUGUAUAUGACAUACACAACUAUUAAAUCAUUUGAAAUAUUUACAAUUGUUAAA